CAACAUCAACGGGCAUGGCACCACCGUCGGCCGAUCGGCGAGGCGCUCUAGUCUUCCUUCAUGGCAGUGGCGGCAAUGGGGAUGACAUGAAGGAGUGGCUGGAGCUCAUUCAGGUCCCUGGUUUUAACGAAUCGUUCGUAGAGCUCUUGAAAACGAGGAACGUUGAAGUGUAUACUCCCACGGCCAACGUGCUUCCGUAUCCGCCAUGUGGGAACUCGCUGAUGCACGUGUGGUUUACGCGCCAAGUGAAUUGGAACGCAUUGGGAUGCGGUGGAGCGGAAGAUUUGCACCACACAGACGUGUCCAUGGACGCGAUUGCAAACCUCGUGGAUUCCUUGGAAGCCACGCACGACUUUGUCGUCCUUGGUGGGUUUUCCAUGGGUGGCUGCCUCGGAUUGCAUGCGUUGCGACGACGUUGGUCGACUAAAGUCAAGGGCGUGUUCGCGAUGGGAAGCUUCUUGGUCUCGUCGUCCCAAGUGUUGACGGGGGACCUACGUGCGAAGCACUUGCCCGUGCUCAUGAUGCAUGGCACCGACGAUGAUGUGACCCGAACUGAAUAUGGUGCGGCCACUGCAAAGACUCUAGUCGCACGGGGCGUUGCUGCUCAGUUCAAAACAUACGAGCAGACUGCUCACACGGUCAGCGGUCACGAGCUGUCCGAUUUGUACGAGUGGCUCGUCGGACUCGCUUCAAGUUUGCAAAUAACCAAUGCUACUAAGACAUGAAAGCUUUCGCAAUACGCGGCAUACACAA